UCACACCAGCUACAUAACAGACCACCGCUUUACAUAGAUCAACACCUGAAUUAAGACUGUAGAAUUUCCUUUUUAAAGAGAAGGAAAACCUUUGACAAAGAACUUUACUUUUCAAAUUUCCAAUCAAGACAAGAGGACACAUCAUAAGGAUGGGAUCUGCUGGGGUACAGAUUGUAUGUGUGGCCCUUGGGGUCCUGGGCCUGAUCGGGGGCAUUGUGUGCUGUGCCAUCCCAAGGUGGAAAGUGUUAUCAUUUACAGGACAGAACAUCGUAACGGCACAGGAAACUGAAGAGGGCCUGUGGAUGACCUGUGUGGUGCAGAGUACGGGCCAGCAGCAGUGUAAGAGCUAUGAGUCCCUGCUGGUCCUGCCAUCUGACCUGCAGGCGUCCCGCGCCAUGACCAUCAUCAGCUGCAUGGUCACCUCCCUGGCCAUCCUCAUCUUGUUCCCCGGCGCCGACUUCACCACCUGCGUGGAGAAUGAGGACAUCAAGCCCAAGAUCAGCCUUGUGGCCGGGAUCGCCCUGUUGGUGUCUGGCCUCCUCCUCAUCAUCCCUGUCAGCUGGUCCGCCCACAACACCAUCAGAAACUUCUACAACCCCCUUGUGGCCCAGAAGAUGGAGCUGGGAACCUGUAUCUUUAUUGGCUGGGCUGCUGGGGUGCUGCUGAUUCUGGCUGGAGGCCUGCUCAUGUGCUUCAGCAGAGCCAAAUCUGGCAGCUCGGGAGGAACCGCCAAGUACUACGGCAACAGCGCUUCAGCCCCCGCCGCCAACAAGAACUACGUCUAGUGCAUUUACUACACCUCCGUAUGUUUGUAUGUGUGUAGAGAGAUAGUUUAAUGUACUACACCUCUGUAUGAUUGUAUGUGUGUAGAGAGAUAGUUUAAUGUACUACACCUCUGUAUGAUUGUAUGUGUGUAGAGAGAUAGUUUAAUGUACUACACCUCUGUAUGAUUGUAUGUGUGUAGAGAGAUAGUUUAAUGUACUACACCUCUGUAUGUGUGUAGAGAGAUAGUUUAAUGUACUACACCUCUGUAUGAUUGUAUGUGUGUAGAGAGAUAGUUUAAUGUACUACACCUCUGUAUGAUUGUAUGUGUGUAGAGAGAUAGUUUAAUGUACUACACCUCUGUAUGUUUGUAUGUGUGUAGAGAGAUAGUUUAAUGUACUACACCUCUGUAUGUUUGUAUGUGUGUAGAGAGAUAGUUUAAUGUACUACACCUCUGUAUGUUUGUAUGUGUGUAGAGAGAUAGUUUGAUGGAAAGGAAAUGGGUCAGACAGAAUGGAAACAAGAAAGGGGAGGGGUUUAAUCUUGAGGAUAAAGAAGGGACAUUAUUAGUGGAAAUAAUGGUUGUAAAUAUUGAAUAUUUCAAAAUAGUAAGACUGGUUUAGUUGUUGUUAAUCCAAGGGUCCAAUAUGGUGGUUCAAUUUAAAAUACAAAUAUAUGUUUCUUUUUUGGGGGAGGGACUAACUCAAUAUACUAUAAUAUACUACAAAUCGAAACUGUGUAGAGAUGAUGAUGUACCUACAUCCAUACAGUUACUUAACUGUGUCCAGCUCGCUAAUAAUCACCUACAUGAAGGUUAGACAGUCAAGGAGCUGCGGAAAUUCCAAAAACGAUAGAGGAAAUUAUUUUACAAAUUGUGACGGCGAGGAAAUAUAACCAAUUUUCAGUGUGGAUCUCCGGACCUCGUUGAAGACCAAAUGCAGCCCCCGGGGCAGAAUGAGUUUGACACCCUUGUUGUAAUGUGUUAUCUCGUUGAGUUUUUUAGUGCUGGGUGACAUGCUUCUAUAAUGCCAUGAAUGAACAACAGAGAGCAAGGUGAGGGACUCAGUGGUCAUGCAUUUCAAAAUACAGGUAUAGUCAAAUGACUGUAUAUAUCAUUUACAUCCAUGAGAUCACAACUGUUUUACUUAUGUAAAUCAGCUUGUCUUUGACUUUUGUGUAUCAAACAAUAAAUCCAUGUUUUUAUUUUA